AUGUUCUACAGCCACGAAAUUCUCACGUCCCCAGAGCACGGAGUCGCAACAAUCUGGCUAGUUGCAACCCUAGGCUCCCGCUCCAUCGCCAGAAGACUAAACCGCAAAGCCAUCCAGGACGUGGAUGUCCCCAAUGCCUGUAGGGUGAUCAUCAACCCCGAAGUACCAAUGGCGCUGCGACUCCAAGGGAGCUUGCUAUACGGCGUCUCCCACGUUUAUAACCAGCAAUGCGGGUACACCCUCCUUGACACACAGGCCAUGCACGACAAGAUGGUUUCCAUGCUGAAGAUAGUUCCGGGGAGUAGCAUCGAUCCAUCGGCUGGCCAGACUAAACCGAACAAUCUGAUUCUGCCCUACGACACGUCGUUCCUGCCAGAAACAAAUCUCCCAGGUUUGGACAUCGACCUCUCGCACUUCGCUCCUGUCAAUGACUCCGAUCAGUUCAAUGGCCUCUUCUCCAAAUCGCCAGUCAAUAGCCUGUCCGGCACCUCCCAGCUUUCAAGUCUCCAGCUUGAGCUUCCGUCCGAUGAUACGGGCGAGGGGACUCUUGUGGGACUCGGUGAGAACCGUGGAUCUGCAAAGAAAGAUAUUUUCGCACAGGUGACUGGGCUGGGGCUCGGCGAUGAAGAGGGUGGGCUUCUUCUUGGUGCGGACUUUACUUUUGAUGGGGAUGGGAAUCUGGUUGAGCUUGAGGGGAGGGAGAAGACUCCGUUUUUGAGUCAGAAGUCUCCUGCGGCGGGAGAUAGUGAAGGCGUCUUUGAUGGACGGUACAAUGAGCACGGACAUCUCCGUAAUGAUCAGGUGCCGAUUGAUACUCAGACUGUCAAUGUUGAGAAUGACAGGAUGGAAAUUGAUACACACGCUGCAGGGCCUACUUUACUUGAUGAAAAAGAUGGCCAGAAUGUAAUCGAGGAGUCUAUUGAGAUUCCGCCAGUGAGGAUUCCCCGCGCCAAACGCCCAAAAGAAAUUACAUCUGACGACACCACGGCCCUGCGCAAUAUAACACUGGCUCAGUGGAAUAACGAAUACCUUACGAAUAUGGUUCAAGCGCUGAAUCAAAAGCAGCAGAACAAAGUCCCAACCAUCGCCAAGAAGAACGCCGCAUUCUGGGUUUUCGGCCAAGGCAUCGGCUCUGUCGGACUCGGUCUGGGCAUGGAGCAAGAAUCACACCCGCUCAAUCUCUUCUCAGGUGAAGAUCUCUUCGAAUCCAUUGGUGGCUAUGGCGAGCACAGCGGACAAAAGCACACCCGUACAGAGGACGACUUCGACUCCGAAGGACGCCGCGUCCGCGCCAGAGAGGAACAAGCAGAGCACCUCAGCUGCGAGAACAUCGACCGUCUAAGCAUGGACGUCGAGCUGGGCCGUGACGCCCCCUCAAGCCUCUUCGACGACCACUCAUCCCAGAUGCCAUGGAACAUCACCGCCUCAAUUAAGAGCUCCCACCGGCCCCACCGCUUCGGCAGCGUAAGCGAACUGUCCUCUCAAGGCCGCAAAGCCCGCAGCCGUCUCACGAGCGCUAGUCCCCUCGCCGGCCGCUACGGCGGCCAAGACAGACUGAGCCUGGACCUGGGGAAUUUUGGCGACGACCUCGAUCUCACCCGGUAUCUGGAAGGCGAGCUCGCCACAGACCGCGAGGGCAUCAGCUCUAUCUCUCCCGGAAAGCGCUCUUUGCUCGAACAGGCUAAGGCGUCGCUUGAUCGGGAGAGUUUGAAUUUCUUUGAUUUCAUGAAGACUAAGAUGGGCGUUGAGAAGAGCGCACAGAGUCCCCGCAGUAAUGUUAGCCCUUGGACGGUUUCUGCGAACGGAGGCCGCACUACCUUCGCGACCCUUAUGCCGCCUGAGAGUACGACGCGUGCUGUUGCGACGCAGGCUUUGAUGAAUGUGCUUACUUUGGCGACGAAGGGUUUGCUGCGUGUUUAUCAGGAUCAGUGCAGUGCAGAAUGGGGUGGUUAUCGCUCUGGUGAGAUCCAGCUGCGAUUCUCUGAAAUGUAA